AUGAAGGACCUGGUCGACAGGAGCUUGUGUGCUGAGGAGCUCUACUUCCGUCUCGACAGCAAGUUCUGCAGCGUCCACAACCGGCACGGCUAUCCCCGCAUAAUCAAGGAGGGCCCAAUGCCCUUCUUCUCUCCCUGGUCAGACGAUGGCACCAGCAUUCAAGCUUUUGCAAUUCGCCGCGCAACGACUAUCCAGCUCAGUGUACCGAACGUCCCGCGCAUUAUUCCCCUUCUAGAAGCCGAGCUGCGUCCGGAAACCCAUGUUUUCGUGGAGCACGGUGAGAUCGACCCUCCAGAAGACAAUGGCGGGGACUACGAUACAGUACUUGAGCUCCCUCGAUGCCGUUCUCUAUUCCUCAUCAUCCUUGUCCCGUGUAGCUGCGAGCUGCAGACCCCGGCCGGGAAGUGGGACCAUUCCUCCAGCUCCGUCAGAGUCUGGUUCUCCUCCACCUAUGCGGACAGCCUGGGGCUCCCCAUCAAUUGCUGUGUUGUCCGCCGAAUCCUCACCCCAACUGUUAGAACGCUAUUCGUUGAGGUUGACGGCUCCGGAGAGCGAGUCAGGGGGGUCAUUGGUCGCUGGCUCACAGACCCGGAGGUAGUCAACAUGGACCUCAGCGGCAUCAACGUAGAAGUCUGGGUCAGGACGAACGAUUACGACAAGGACCACCUCAGGCAGUUCAUAGCACGCGUCUUUUUCAACUGCGGCUUUUCAAAGGGCCGUUUGAGCAUUUCAAUUUCCGACGGAUAUUAG